AUGGGUUCAACUGUAAUUCCUAUUCCAGAUGGAGAUCAGGGAUUUGGUGAUCUCAAAGAGAGAAGGAAAUUCCAAGUUUCUCUAAGUCCUAUCGUUUCUUUUGUCCAGAAAAAUAAGAACAGCAUAAAGAAAAUUAUUCACUGUAUCAAAGUUGGAACUGCUCUGGUUUUGGUUUCUCUUGUCUACUUCGUUGACCGUCUCUACAAGGAAAUUGGAGACGAUAAUGCGAUGUGGGCUAUAAUGACUGUUGUUGUCAUCUUUGAGUUCCACGCAGGAGCUACGCUUGGCAAGGGAUUCUAUCGAGGAAUUGGGACUGUUUUAGGAGGCGGGUUGGGAUGUAUAGCGGCAAUUUUAGGUGAACAAGUUGGUGGAAUCGGCAACCCUUUUAUCGUUGGUGUUUCUCUCUUUAUUUUUGGCGGGGCAGCAACAUAUGCUAGACUGAUUCCGAACAUUAAGAAGAGAUAUGACUAUGGAGUCAUGAUAUUCAUCCUCACAUUCAAUCUGGUCUCGGUAUCCGGUAUACGUGAAGAAAAUGUCAUGGAAAUAGCUCGUGAACGUCUCGUGAUGAUUGUUAUGGGCUUCGCUAUCUGCAUUUGCACAAGCUUAUUUUUUUUCCCCACAUGGGCUAGUGAUGAGAUUCAUAAUUCUACGGUCUCCAAAUUCGAAGACCUUGCAAGCUCCAUCGAAGGAUGCGUAGAGGAGUAUUUCAGAUUAGUCGGCGACAAGGAAAACCAGUCAGUUCAUCCAAUUGCUAGUUUCAGGAACUGCAUAUCAGUGCUAAACUCUAAGGCAAAGGAUGAAUCCUUGGUAAAUUUUGCAAAAUGGGAACCGUGGCAUGGAAAAUUUGGGCUGUUCCACCCUUGGGAGAAAUACCAAAAGAUUGGUGAGGUUCUUAGAGAAUUGGCUGCCACCAUACUUUCACUCAAGGGUUCUCUUAAUUCUUCCAAAGAGCCCCUGAAAGCUUUGAGGGAGUCAAUCAAAGAACCUUGUGAAGCAGCUGGCUCAUCACUUGCGUGGACCCUGAGAGAGCUGGGAGAGAGCAUCAAGAAAAUGAGACGGUGCCAGUCAGAGACUUUAAUAGUGCCAAAGUUAAAAUUAGCAAGACAAGGGCUUAGUCAGGUCAUGUCUCCUUUCAAACUAGGAAAACUUGAUACAGCUGAGGGACUUGCAAUAGCAUGCUUUGUGUUCUCACUGAUGGAGCUGGCAGAGAAGCUGGAAGGUUUAGCCAGGGAGGUGGAAGAGCUUGGAGAACUUGCUGCUUUCAACCGAAGCUAA